UUGGUGGAGGAUUUGGAAGAAGACGAGCCUGUUGUUGUUUACGUUAAAUAAUAAAUCCUUUUUAAAAAACCGACAUAACUUUGAAUGUUUAAGAAACCAAGUUACGGUAAUGACAAGAAGUUCUCCAUCAUCGCGUGAUUCCAGUCCAGACAGACAUCACAGAAGGAGACACAGACAUGGAUCCACGUCUCCCAGACACGGCGAGUCGACGAGACGUCGUCAUUCACCCGCGUCUCCACACAGACACAAACGAGAAAACUUCAGCGAUUUAGCAGAUAAAAAUUUCAUGAACUCGGAAGAAAGUCACAGAUCUAGUCAAAGACAUCGAUCCAGGUCACGGUCUCCCGCAGAUUUGUUGAAAAAAGGAAAUUACUAUGAGAGGUCACGGUCACCCAUUGACAGAAGAAUGGGAUCCAUGUUACCGCAUUCUCAUGGAAGGAGUUUUUCACCACCCAACAGUCACUACUCACAAUCUUCCAUGAUAAACAGUGCUGAUGGUUUUAAAAAUGGCUUUAGAAAUGAUCGUCAUCAAGAUGCAAAUGCAGGCGGAACAGAAUUCUGGGAUAGACGACGGUUUGAGCGAGAAAGGCUUGGAGAGCAUGGUGUUUCCGAGCUGUGGAGUAAAUCUCCAGUCCACGGAAUUGAUGUUGACUCUGAUUUAGAAGUCAACAAAAAAGAAAAGAAAACUGUCUCGGAGAGUGACUCGGAAUCCGACAGCGGCUCAGAAGAAGAACGCAAAAAGAAGAAAAAGAAAAAAUCCAGCAAGAAGCACAGAAAACACAAAAAGAAAAGUAAAAAGGUUAAAAAGGCAAAGAAGAGCAAACGGAAGAAAUCCAAGUCAAAGGUGAGGGCGAGUAGCUCUAGUGAGGAGUCAGAGGAAAAGGACGAUGAAGAAGAAGCUGUGUGGAUGGAGAAAAAAGUUGCCGAUGAUGAAGAAACCGAUGAUGUAGAAACGGAUGUCGUUGGACCUCAGCCGUUUGUUCCCACAGCCUCAGGCAGUGACAAAUUGGAUUACGGUCGUGCCCUGCUUCCUGGUGAAGGUGCGGCUAUGGCUGCAUAUAUCGCAGACGGAAAGAGAAUUCCACGCAGAGGAGAGAUUGGACUGACUUGCGAAGAGAUUGAAUCGUUUGAACAUGUCGGCUAUGUGAUGAGUGGCAGCAGACAUCGUCGUAUGGAGGCUGUCCGUCUCCGGAAAGAGAACCAGAUUUACAGUGCCGAUGAGAAGCGAGCUUUAGCGAACUUCAACCAUGAAGAACGAGCCAAACGAGAGUCUAAGAUAUUGUCACAGUUUAGAGAGAUGGUGCACAAACGAAUUCAGGACAAAAACUGAAAAUGAAACGUACUCAUAUCAUCCGACUGUCUGUGGGCUUUGGGAAAAAACUUUAUCAGAUUGUAAUAUGGUUAGCAGUUUGGUGGAAACUGAAUAAAACUCAUGGUUUACUGUGUAAAAUAAUGUUUAUAAAUGUAAAUAUUUGAAAAUAAGAUAGGUCGUCAUGGGUAGGUUCUUGAGUUCUGAGACGUAAGCAAUGUGAGAACUAACUUUACCAGAGUCGGACAGUACAGUAACAUUUUAAAAACGGGUUACAUGUGCGGUGAAAUUUCCCUGAAAAUGUAUAAUCAGAUUCUUAAAACAAUUUUGCUAUGUAUGUAGCUAAAUUCUCAAGAUAAAAAUCUUAAAAAAAAACAAGAUGAAAAAGAGAAAGGUUUUCUCUUGUUAUUAAGGUUUUUUCUGGCUGUAAGGAGUCCGAAUAAAAUCUGUACCUUUUUUAAUGAAAAUUUCAGUCCUGAAAAAAAGCAACUGUACAUUAAAAUAUUUCAGAGAAUUUGAUGUAAUAUCUGAAGAACAUCAAAAUACUGGGAAAUGUUUUCACUUGUGUAUACACUUGGAGCCUUGCUCAUAUGGGAUACUAGAACAUGUGCGAGUACCUGUACUAAGAUGAGAUAUUAUUAUGGUGGCAGUAGUAUUUAAUUUAAACCAGAUUCAACUGGCAAAUCGGAAAUGUUUGGUUAAGCACAGUGCUAGAUUUAAAAACAGGUCUGUCGUUUAUCAGUUUACAAAACACACUAAAACACCCAUAAUGACCAGGGCCCGGUUCCAUGAAGCGAUCUUAGUCUUAAGAUCAUCAUAAAUGCAUAGCUACCUUAUGCACUCGAGGUGAUCUUAGCACUAAGAUCACCAUAAAUGCAUAGCUACCUUAUGCACUCGAGGCAACCUUGGCCUUAAGAUCACCAUAAAUGCAUAGCUACCUUAUGCACUCGAGGUGAUCUUAGCACAAAGAUCGCAUCGUGGAAUGGGACCAUUUGUUUUGGUCAAGUCUACAAGUAGAUCAUUGAAUAAGAUUCAUAGGGUACUAAUAAGACUGCCGUUUCAUAUACUAUUUUUGUUACAAUAGAAUGAUUUUAUGGAGGAUAUGAAGGUCUUAUGAAAUGAUAGAAAAAUGAUUGUGAAUUGUGGAUUCAAUAGAGGCUUUCAUUCAAGUUGAGAUAGAUUUGUAUGUAAAUAUUUUUCCUUUUUUAUUUUAACUUGAACUACUCUAUUAGAUACAGGGCUCGAACUUAAGAAUUUGUCUCCCACGGCAAUUUAAAAACAAAAUUAUUGUGAGUGAAAUGGACCACCGACGGCAAUUUAAAGCCUGACCAUGGCAUUUUGAAAAAAAAGAAGACUUUUGCAGCAAAUAAAUAAGACUGAAAGGUUAUUUUGAUGUAUGUAGACAUAUUUUAAAUGUACUAAUGUUCUAUACUGGCAGCUAAUGUAUACCAGGUGUAAACAUUUUGUUACCAUUGAGGAGCUUUAUGCUUCCGAUCUACAGCAAUUUAUAUCUCAACAACAGCAGUUGCCAUCUGUGCCAUCGUUAAAUUCGAUCCCUGGAAUAUUUGAAUAAGUUACCAUCAGCUACAUGUACAUGUUAAGGGCUAACACACUGAGAAACAUCCCAAAUUGAAGUUUUCUUGACAUUUGUUCGUCUGCAUUUCAGUUGUGUCGUUCUUGAUGUAAUUUAUAGCUUUAUGUACAUACUUUUCCUCUUUAGAUUAAUAAACUGUAUCAUAUAUCAUA